AUGGAGAACACCAACGGACUUGUUCGUGAUGAUGCUGGAGUCUGGAAAGACCAAGAGGGUCAUGUGUGCAAUGCGAGGGGCCAAAGGCUUGAUGGAGAUGGUAACAUCAUUCCACCAGCAUCUUUACCAGUAGAUGUUGUUGACCAGAAUCCACCACCUGCACCGCAUGGUAAUGCUGUGAUCGUUCCAAAUCAGAGGAACGUUCCAGAAGAUCAGAAUGUGAGGGAACAUGCACCUGCAUCUGGCCGUGGACGAACACUUGGAGAUUACAACAGGCCUGAGCAGUUCUAUGCAAAUCGGUCUGCGAUUCGCGCCCCUGUGUUUCAAAGGAACGAUUUUGAGCUGAAACCUGUGUACUACACUCUUGUGGUGGAGCUAGGAUCACUCACUACUUGGGAGGAGACCAGGAAUGCCUUCCUGCACAACUUCUUCGAUGAUGCUAGGUCUGAGGAAUUGAGAACAAAAAUCUCGACUUUCUCUCAAGAACCAACUGAGGCGUUCAAGGCUUCUUGGGUGAGAUUUAAGUCUUACCAGCGAGACUGCCCCCAUCAUGACUUCAGCGAUGUGCAGCUGUUAGGUAUCUUCUUCAGAGGUAUUGAUUGGAGGUAUCAGAUGGCUCUUGUUGCAGCAAGCAAUGGAAACUUCAACACAAGAUACCCAGACGAAGCCGUUGAGCUCAUCAAAAACUUGGCGUCUAGCAAUAGCACCAAGAAUGCUGAUCUUGAGAGGAAGAAGCAAGCUGAGAACAUGGAUAGAUCGCAGAUUACUGAGGUGAAAGCUAAGCUUGACUCUGUGCAUAGUAUUCUAGUGGGUAAGAAGUCUGUCAGAUUCGCACAGGAAGUGGAGAGUUUCGAGCCUGAGGAUGAAGCUAAGGAGGAAGAUGUCAACUUUGUCAAUGGAUCAGGGUUUCAGGAUCAGAGGUUUGGUAAUCAGCAAGGUAACAGUAGGUACAGUGGAAACAACCAGAGAAACACCUUCAGCAGCAAUCAGAACUUCUCUGGUUACACGCCUAAGCCUCAAUACCAGAAGCCUUAUUCCAAUAACAGUUUUUCCAGAAACUACAUCACUCCUUCAGCUCAACCUCAAACUUCUGAUAAUGAGAUGAAGUCUAUGCUAGAACAGAUUCUAGAAGGACAGCAGAAGCUCACCGUGGACUUCAAUGGAAAGAUGGAUGCUCUCUACCUUGAUCUGAAUGGGAAAAUCGAAGCUUUAAACACCCAUGUCAAGCAGCUUGAUACGCAGGUUCCCAAACUGCAGAAGCCACCGGCAGCUGAGGUCGUCGAUUUGGAAGAUCUUGAAGAAGUUCUUGAAAUUGCAGAGCCGGUGUCGAACGACACCAAAACUAGUGUCGCGCGUCACCAAUCGCAGAGCGAAGCUGUUAUUGCUCCAAGUCCGAAAUCUGCUGAGGAGAAGGUCUACAAACCUAAGGUUCCUUACCCAAGGAGCCCUAGGAAGUCCAAGCAAGAGCUCGACGAUGCACGAUGCAAGGCUUUGAUGGAAAAUCUUGUGAUUGAGAUACCUUUGGUUGAUGCUGUGAAAAUCACUCCUGUUAUCAGGCGUUAUGUGAAGCGAAUGGUGACCAAUAAUCUCAGCCAUGAACAAGGAGUGAUGAUGAUUUCUGAGCAAGUCAGUGCUGUGAUUCAUAACCGAAUUCCAGAGAAGCUGUCGGAUCCAGGAAGCUUUGUCUUGGACUGCUCCAUCUUCACAGAGAGAUUCAAGAGAUCGCUGUGUGAUCUGGGUUCAAGUGUCAAUCUCAUGCCAUAUUCAGUCGCUGUCAAUCUCGGCAUGACUGAUUUCAAGCCAACAAGGAUAUCUCUUAUCCUGGCUGAUCGAUUGACAAGGAUACCUGAAGGAGUAUUGAAGAUGUUUCAAUCAAGAUUGGAGACUGCAUGA